AUGUCUCUUAACAAAGAAAAAGCUCCGGAUCUUGCAGGAAAAGUCAUAUUUAUUACCGGAGGUAAGAUAACCUCUACAAAUAUUUUGCUUGCUACGUAACUUUCACUGAUGUUCACCAUCACCAGGGACCGCAGGAAUAGGGGCAGAAACCCUUCGUCAACUCUCGAAACGUAAGUGCAUCUCGUUUUGCCUAGCACGAUAUGAUACACUCUUACGAAAUUAUCCUUGCUAACACGAAAUUGUACAGAAAAUCCUGCUCAUAUCUUCUUCACGGGCCGAGAUUCUGAACGUGCCAGCACACUGAUCCAAGUGGUCAACCAACUUGCCCCAAAAACUCAGCUGACGUUUCUUGAAUGUGACCAUGGGUCGCUGAGUACAGUCAAGUCUGCGGCGGAGAGGUUUAUCGCUGCAUCGACGAGAUUGGACAUUCUUAUUUGCAAUGCUGGGAUUAUGGCGGAGCCUACGUGAGUCUCGGAUCUACUGUGUCCAAUUCUUGGAAUUUCUUCUAAUGAGCGAGUAUGCUGACUUAGAUGCCUAUAUUAGGGGGUUGACAAAGGAUAGGUACGAAGUACAGUUUGGUGUCAACCACAUGGCACACGCCUUGUUCAUGAAGAAGUUACUGCCAACACUUCAACAAACAGCAGGAGAGCCGGAUGCAGAUGUCCGCAUUCUACUCCUCACCUCGAUUUCCUUCCGGUUUCAUCCCACAGGCGGUAUCUGCUUUGACGAGCUCAAAACCACCCAGGACCUCGGUGUCACCGGCGCCUGGUUGCGGUACGGCCAAAGUAAAUUGGCAAAUGCUGUCUAUGCCCGCGAACUAGAUCGUCGUUUCCCUGAAAUCCUCUCAAUCUCAAUUCACCCGGGAAUCGUCAAGACGAAUUUGGUGGGCAACCUUGGGUUCUUCGAUAAGGCGUUUGUUUACCUGGCGAACUUUCGCCAGCUUGUCGAUACGGCUCAUGGAGCCCAUAAUACACUGUGGGCUGCUACGUCCGAUCGCUCUAAGAUUUGGAAUGGUCAGAUGUAUGAUCCUGUUGGUAAAUUGACAGAGAAGCUUAAUGUUGCUGUGCAAGAUGAUGGACUUGCUACCAGACUUUGGGAGUGGACUGAUAAGGAGUUGGAGGGUUAUUGA